CUGUGAUCUCGCCCUCCUUCCAACAACUCCGGCGAUUGUGCGAAAUGCGCGACAAGAACAGACGAGUGUUUGAUUAUCACUCCGUCGACAGGAGAGAAACCCCAUUGCAGAGGUCCCCAAUUCCCCAUCGGAACCACGUGUGCUCCACGUCAAGACUUCAGCUGCCCAGCAGCGCUGCUACCUCGCGGAAAUUGCCUCCUGCUUUCCUUCCACGAUUUGGUUCUCGUGUGGCACCAAGUGACUUUACCUAGGCUGUUGAUGAAAUGCAAGCUUUACGUGUAGGCCUCAAGGCCAUGAAAACGCGGAUUGAAAGGAGCCGUUCACGACUCUGCUCCAAAUGCAAGGCUAUCUUUGAUAACUGGUGGGACCGAGAUGACCGGACAAACUGGAGAGUGUUAUACAUGUCAUCAACUAGGCCUGGACGUCAGCAUCACAAUAUCGUGAGACUCCAGCGUUCAGCUAGCAAAGGUUGUCCUGUUUGCGUCCUGCUGUUGCGUGGAUUGGAUGGCGAGGCUAUUCAGCAACUGAUGCAGGAGGAUCGCAAUCGUAGGAGCUUGGUCCAUAUUGCAUUGGCGCUGGUUGAGAUUCCGGACCUUUAUCUAAUAAGGGUUCUGUUUCAUCCCGGAACCAGUCCAGCUUGGGAAGUGGCAAUUAAUGCUUACCCCUCAGUCGGCAAUAGCACAAAGGUCGGAAAAAUCCAAAGCAGGGCGGAUUGCGAGGCAAAUUGGAAUCUUGUUAGAAAAUGGCUGAGGGUCUGUCAAGAUACCCACCCCAAGUGUUCGCAGGACUCUUCCAGUCGACAACUCCCUACACGCCUUAUAGAUGUCGGCACUAGCGACAUGGAUCUCAAGCUUUGUCUAACGGAGUCUCUGCCUCGAGACACACAGUAUUUAACUUUGAGCCAUUGCUGGGGUGGGAAAGUGUUUACUAUGCUUACACGAAGCAACUUUCAAGAGUUUCUCACCCAGAUCCUAACUAGGGAUCUCAGCAAGACAUUUAAAGAUGCGAUUGUGGUUACUCGGAGCCUCGGAUUCAAAUAUUUGUGGAUUGAUUCAUUAUGUAUAAUACAGGGCGAUGAGCCUGACUGGCAACGUGAAUCAUCCAGGAUGGGCGCUGUCUAUACAAACUCAGCACUUAACAUCGCAGCCGCGGCUGCACCAAACGGCGAUUUGGGAUGCUUUUCAACUAGACGGCUGGACCAGAUGCAUGGCUGCAAAGUAGCGAUGCGCACAAGGCGAGAUUCAUCUCACACGACUGCGUGGGACUGCUCAGUGUUGGUUGGUUCAGAGAACGAGAACGCCCUUAACUCUCGAGCUUGGGUAUACCAAGAAAUCUUUCUCGCUCCAAGGACGUUAUCUUUCACAGCUCAUGAAUUAUUUUGGGAGUGCAUAUCGUCAAUGGCAUGCGAAACAUUUCCGGAUUCUUAUAACUAUGGAGCGAUUACAAGGCCAUCAGUGGCAAGCGGCAAGAGGUGGAACGAUCCGACGGGAGAUAUUUCGGACAAAUGGUCCCAAAUUGUGAACAACUAUUCUGGUAAGGUUGUUACCUUUGAAAGAGACAGACUUAUAGCGCUCUCUGGUGUGGCACGUCUAUUUGCUGCUCGAUUUGGAACAACCUAUCUAGCUGGGAUGUGGAAAGAAGACUUGGUCAAACAACUAGCUUGGAGUACUGUGAAGCCCUCCGGAGACACCACCGAAAGCUCUAUUCCGUCGUGGUCGUGGGCAUCUAUUAAUACGGUGGUCCUUAUGAAAUGCGACGUUGAUAUAUUGCCCGGUUUUAUCCCACAGGUCUCGAUUCUUGAAGCUAACACGGCAGUGUCAAAUGACCCCUUUGGCGAUGUUAUGGGCGGAACAAUACGCAUGAAAUGUCGUGUUCCUCGUAUUGCUACUCUGAUGACGCAAUACGAGCGUCAGAAGGUUAAUAUCAGCUCCGGCAGUCGUCAAUUUAGAGCUGAGAUAUGUCCUGACACCACGCCAUAUUCCAUUAAUGACGAACUUCAGCUUUUGGCUCUUCUUCGCGGCACUAAUUGGGAGGGCAAAGAAACGGUCUGUGGACUGGUGAUUGAGCCUGUAAAGAUGGCAACUUACCGGCGCACCGGAUAUUUCGAGGUUACUGGGGAUUAUCUCCAGGGAUUCAUGGCUACAUGGGAUAAAGGGACUGCUGGGGACGAGCACUUCAGCAGUAUUAAUGAGGGUUUGGGAUCCAAUGAGGAAGGAGAUAAUAUGUGCGUCCUUGCCUUAAUAUAAAUAUACUUUUCUAUUUAUUAAAAUAUAAAUCGC